AUUUUAGGUUUUGGGGAGAUUCGUUCUCGUACUGUGGAUUGUUGUUGUUGUUGGGAUUAUCUGAGAAGAGAAGAAGAAAUGGGGAAGCAGCCGGUGAAAUUGAAGGCGGUGGUUUACGCACUUUCGCCGUUCCAGCAGAAGAUCAUGACCGGUCUCUGGAAGGAUCUGCCGGAGAAGAUCCAUCACAAGGUCUCUGAGAAUUGGAUCAGCGCCACUCUUCUCGUUACCCCUGUCGUUGCAACCUACUGGUAUGCUCAAUACUUCAAGGAACAGGAGAAGCUUGAGCACAGAUUCUGAAGCAUGAAGUCACUCCUUUUCUACAAGAACCUUAUAGUUUGAACUUUGAAGUCACUUCUUUUGUUUGAAGUCAUAAUUUUCAUAAAAACUCAUGUGGGAAUCUUCUGAGUCAGUUUUUCUGAAACUCUAUUGCUAAAUAAAUGUUUUGGUUUCAUGGCAAUGACUGUUGAUGUUCAUCUUUCUUGUUAUGGUAUGAAAAUUGGAUUGAAUCGAAUAAUCUAUUGAUCCCUCA